CGCGACUACUACUUCGCCCUCGCCCACACGGUGCGCGACCACCUGGUGGGGCGCUGGAUCCGCACCCAGCAGCACUACUACGAGCGGGACCCCAAGCGCAUUUACUACCUGUCCCUGGAGUUCUACAUGGGCCGCACUCUGCAGAACACCAUGGUGAACCUGGGCCUGCAGAACGCUUGUGAUGAAGCUAUUUACCAGCUGGGUUUGGACUUGGAGGAGCUGGAAGAAAUAGAAGAAGAUGCUGGGCUGGGAAAUGGAGGCCUAGGCCGACUGGCAGCUUGCUUCCUGGACUCCAUGGCCACGCUGGGGCUGGCAGCAUACGGCUACGGCAUCCGCUACGAGUUCGGUAUCUUCAAUCAGAAGAUUGUCAACGGCUGGCAGGUGGAGGAGGCGGACGACUGGCUGCGCUACGGGAACCCCUGGGAGAAGGCCCGCCCGGAGUACAUGCUCCCCGUGCAGUUCUAUGGCCGUGUGGAGCACAGCCCCGAGGGGGUGAAGUGGGUGGACACCCAGGUUGUCCUUGCUAUGCCUUAUGACACACCAGUGCCAGGAUACAAGAACAAUACUGUAAACACCAUGAGGCUGUGGUCUGCAAAAGCACCCAAUGACUUCAACCUCCAGGAGUUCAACGUGGGUGACUACAUCGAGGCGGUGUUGGACAGAAACCUGGCUGAAAACAUAUCCCGAGUCCUGUACCCAAAUGACAACUUCUUCGAAGGCAAGGAGCUGCGGCUGAAGCAGGAGUACUUUGUGGUGGCUGCCACCCUCCAGGACAUCAUCCGCCGCUUUAAGUCCUCCAAAUUUGGCUGCCGAGACCCUGUGAGAACAUGCUUUGAAACCUUCCCAGACAAGGUGGCUAUUCAGCUGAACGACACCCACCCUGCCCUCUCCAUCCCAGAGCUCAUGCGGAUUUUGGUGGAUGUGGAGAAAGUGGAGUGGGACAAGGCCUGGGAGAUCACGAAGCGGACCUGUGCCUACACCAACCACACCGUGCUGCCCGAAGCCCUGGAGCGCUGGCCCGUCUCCAUGUUUGAAAAGCUGCUGCCGCGUCACCUGGAGAUCAUUUACGCCCUCAACCAAAUGCAUCUGGAUCGGCGGCGGAAGCAGGAGUACUUUGUAGUGGCUGCUCCCCUCCAGGACAUCAUCCGCCGCUUUAAGUCCUCCAAAUUUGGCUGCCGAGACCCUGUGAGAACAUGCUUUGAAACCUUCCCAGACAAGGUGGCUAUUCAGCUGAACGACACCCACCCUGCCCUCUCCAUCCCAGAGCUCAUGCGGAUUUUGGUGGAUGUGGAGAAAGUGGAGUGGGACAAGGUCAACGGCGUGGCCCGCAUCCACUCGGACAUCGUGAGGAACUCCGUGUUCAAGGAUUUCUAUGAGCUGGAGCCUGAGAAGUUUCAGAACAAGACAAACGGGAUCACGCCAAGGCGCUGGCUCCUGCUGUGCAACCCAGGACUGGCCGACGUGAUUGCUGAGAAAAUUGGGGAAGGCUUUAUCACAGAUCUGAGCCAGCUGAAGAAGCUACUGGACUUCAUCAAUAAUGAGGCUUUUAUCAGGGAUGUGGCAAAAGUCAAACAGGAGAACAAGCUGAAGUUUGCAGCCUACCUGGAGGAGCAGUACAAGGUCAAGAUCAACCCCUCAUCUAUGUUCGACGUUCAGGUCAAGCGAAUCCAUGAGUACAAGCGGCAGCUGCUGAACUGCCUGCACGCCAUCACCCUCUACAACCGCAUCAGAAGUGAUCCAUCCAAAUCCUUUGUGCCCAGGACUAUUAUGAUCGGAGGAAAGGCAGCCCCUGGCUACCACAUGGCCAAGAUGAUCAUCAAACUAAUCACGUCCAUCGGUGAGGUCAUCAACAAUGAUCCUUAUGUGGGGGACAGGCUCAAGGUCAUCUUCCUGGAGAACUACCGAGUAUCCUUGGCUGAGAAGGUGAUCCCAGCAGCAGAUCUCUCCCAGCAGAUCUCCACAGCUGGCACAGAGGCCUCUGGUACUGGCAACAUGAAGUUCAUGGUGAACGGGGCCCUCACCAUUGGUACUAUGGAUGGGGCCAACGUGGAGAUGGCUGAGGAGGCCGGCGAGGAAAACCUCUUCAUCUUUGGCAUGCGGGUGGAGGAUGUGGAGGCCCUGGAUCGCCAAGGGUACAAGGCGCAGGAGUACUAUGACCGCCUGCCAGAGCUACGACAGGCUAUCGACCAGAUCAGCAGUGGGUUCUUCUCCCCUCAAGACCCUGGUUGCUUCAAGGAUGUUGUGAACAUGCUCAUGUACCAUGACAGGUUUAAGGUGUUUGCUGACUAUGAGGCCUACAUUAAAUGCCAAGGCCAAGUGGACCAGCUGUUCAUGGACCCCCGGGAGUGGACUAAGAAAGUCAUCAGGAACAUUGCAUGCUCGGGCAAGUUCUCCAGUGACAGGACCAUCACGGAGUAUGCCCGGGAGAUCUGGGAUGUGGAGCCAUCUGACACAAAAAUCCCCCCACCCAACCUCCCCCGGGAUUGAUGCAAGCACAGAGGAAAGGAAGGGAAGAGGGAUGGGUUCCCAGUCCAGGAGGCCUCACCUGCAUUUCACCACCAAUCAGAUGGGCUUGGCUCUGCACAAACAAGGCCUUUCCGCAGUGGAGGGGCUUGGAAGGAUACUCUGAGGAGCCCUGACUGAGGAACAGGAGCUAGGGUGGAGAAAGGACCCUGUGUUUGUACCCAUGUAUCCAGCCUGCAUGUGCUGCAUAGUGCUUUUAGUGAGAUGAUGACAGAGAAGUCUUCC